AUCCUUGACUGUGAGACUAUGGUAGAUAAUAAACAACUAAAACCAGAGAUAACCGCGUUGUUGAACCCCGUGGUCGAUCAACUCACUCGCCAUCAAAUCACGGGUGAUAAGACCAUUGCCUUGGAGAUCUCUCAUUUGCUUAUGAGGGUGAUUUCUGCUACCAGAUGGUCCAACCCAUACGAUUUGGUGAAUACCAUAAGGCAGGUGGGUGUAGUUUUACAAGCGGCCCUUCCUCGCGAGUUCAUUUGUGGCAAUAUUGUCAGAAGAGUAUUGUCAAUAAUAAGGGUUGAAAUAGAAGAGAACCUUGAGCUAGACCCAAACUCCGAGUCUAAUACGAUGAUGAGCUCAAUUUUCAGCUUGUUAUCCACUAACAAUAAUACCGUUAAGCAAGAGUCCUUAAUACAACUGAAAAAGCAAAGCAGUGACUUGAGAUCUAUCAUCAUACAAGGGAUCAGAGAUUUGAUCGAUGAAAUCAUAAAUGUCAAUGAAGGGUUGGAAAACAUGUCAGCCGACUUGAUUCAUGAUAAUGAGAUCCUAUUAACCCCCACUCCUAAUUCGUCGACGGUGUUACAGUUUUUGAUUAAGGCCAGAUCCAAGAGAAAGUUCACGGUGUUGGUGACAGAGAACUACCCCAACGAGAUUGAGCAGACUCAUAAAUUUAUCAAGAAAUUGGCCGACAAUAAGAUAGAGACAAUAUUAAUACCAGACACAACUACCUUCGCCAUGAUGUCACGGGUCGGGAAAGUCAUUGUUGGAUCGAAUACUGUCUUUGCAAAUGGUGGAUGUAUGUCGAACUCGGGUGUUUCGAACGUAGUGGAAUGUGCCAGAGAGCACAAAACUCCUGUGUUUGCUGUGGCAGGUUUGUACAAGUUGUCACCCUUAUACCCGUUCAACAGAAAUGAUUUGAUCAAGGUAGGAAAUUCAGGAAAGGUAUUGAAUUAUUCGGACUACGAACUACUUGAAAACGUUGAUAUUAUCACCAAUCCAUUGAACGAUUACAUACCACCAGAAAACAUCGAUAUAUACAUCACCAACAUUGGAGGGUUUGCACCUUCCUUCAUCUAUAGAAUCGUGUUGGAUAACUACAAGCCUGAGGAUAAUAAUUUAGAAUAGAUUUAAUGCAUAACUAUCCACUCAUUG